UGGGGACGACAGAUAAAGGGGAACAAACACACAAACCCGAGAAGUACUGUCUUGUGUUGUGACAGCACAGCUGCUAAUUGCAACAUUCACUUCCAGUCUUCCAGGGUGUGUGCCAGGGACAUGUCGAGCAGUAAUCGUUUCUACUUUUCCUAUCCUUUUUUCUUUCUUUUUCUUCCUCUCUUCUCUUUUUCAAAAGAGCGACGGCCUUGAGAUGAUGUUUUGGGAUAUAAGGGCAAAGAGAGAGGGGAAAAGGCUGAGCGUUCCGGAGAGCCCGAAAGAGGGCGCAGAGUUCAUUUGGAUGCCAAUUUUCCAAGCGAAACUGUUCGGCUCCGAUGCUCGUACACUGCUGGGAGCGCUUCGGAUCUGCCUAACACCUUUCAAAUCAGGCAGUACCAAUUUCUUCUGCUCAACAGAGAUUGGUGAAGUGGGCUUUGGCGACUUGAUUUUGCCGGAGAACGUCGAGAAACCAAACCACAUCAGGAAUUUGUCAGACGCACACAACAGCGCCGUUAAGUCUCUGCAGUGCUCUCCAUUCUUCGAAGACAUCCUGCUUUCCGUUGGGGACUGGACUUUCAACAUCUGGAAAACCGGAAUCUAUAAACCAAUCUUUACGUCAAGAUAUGCUGAGACUUUCACGACCUGUGGAUGCUGGAGCCCUACACGCGCUGGAGUCGUCUACAUAGCACUUAUGGAUGGGACGAUUCAGGUGUGGGAUUUGCUCGAUAGGUCUCACGAGCCGUCCAUGGGAGCCAACGUGAGCUCGGUGCAAAUCACAUCAAUGGAUUUCUGUUUACAAUCAGGUCCACAGCUGUUGGCCGUUGGUGAUGCCCAAGGUGUUUUGCACAUCAUGGAACUGCCCCGCAACUUGCGCCGUCCGAUCUACAAAGAGAAACAAUAUAUGCGAAACUUCUUUGAGCGGGAGAUUGACAGGGUCAAUUACGUUGCGAUCAGAGCUGGGAUCCGUGCAGCUGAAAUGGGCCAAAGAGAAAUGACACCCCAGGAUGCUCGUCCCGGUGAGAAAGGACAGAAAGAGGCCUCCAGCAAAAAGGGAGCUCAGAAAGCAGCAGCAGAGAAGGAGGCCUACGAUGCCAAGAUGGAAACUGAAUAUAUGCGUUUGGAAAAAGCGUUCCGUCUGAAAUUCAAUAUGCCCCUGCCUGACCAUUUGCUUGAUCAAACUUCGCCGCCCCCGAAGGGUUACGCAUCCCUUUCAGGGGUUCAAAGUCAAAUGGCAAACGCCGCCAUCGCAUCAUUCGUCUUGUCAUACAGAUAAAUCCCUCGCUCCUACCGACUAAUGGAAUAGUGACAGGUGGCACGACAGCUCACGUUGUACUCUCACGUCACGUCCCGACAUUCCUACGUGGCAUUCAUACUUGUUCUGGCGGACAGGAGGCAUGACUAUCCGUGUGGACAUUCACACGUGGCAUGACUAGCAAGGAAUCCGGCAUCAACGUGGCAUGCACACGUGACAUGCACACGUGGCAUGCAUACGAGGCCUUCACAAGUAUUUUAUCCGGCCUUCAAAUGCAAGGCAUACCCGCAAGUCACGCUCCCAGAUGCCCCCAGGUGGCUCGCUAGCGUUCACACCGACACAAGCGUGACUCGUGACAUUAGGUAUAAAAAAAUCAGGGGUGACAAGUGGCAAUGAAGCGUGACAAGUGGAAAUGAUGCAUGACGUGGUGAUGACGCGCGAGACGUGAUACGUGUGACACUCUGCACAGCUACCGCUGUCGUGGAACGAAAGGAUGCGUCACAUGUGGUCAUUAUGUGAUUAUGUGUGACACAAUCAAUCGAUGAUGAUGAUGAUGAUGAUGAUGAUGAUGUAGCAGUAGCAGUAGUAGAACUCAACACGCGCAAAUCAAUCGAUGAUGAUGACGAUGGCUAUUGUCGAGACACUGCUUGGAUCCGGAUACAGACACCUAGGCCUCAUGAGGAAAAGACCUCAGCGUAUCCAAACUGCCACACCUCAAUACGCAUAUUCCUCUCCAUCUCUCGCUCCCUCUCCCUCCCCCACCCCCUCUCUCUCCCUCUCCUGCCUAUGGAAUGCCACACCAUUAUUUACAUUCAACGGCAGCAUCGGGGGUCGCGAACAACCCACCGCGUUCACCUUUCAACCCCAGCGCUGUCACACGCAGGAAACGAAAGCGCCCAUACUGAUCACUCGAUCUAGCUCACAUAUCUGCAGUCAGGAAAAGAAAGCGCCCAUACUGCGUAGAGAAGAAAGAGAGAGAGAGAGAGAGAAAGAUGCGGGAGAGUGGAAGGGUCCCAUUCCCACCGCGACAUAUACAAGGAGAAUAGAAGAAGGUCGUUCCCGUCGAUUAGACACAGGGCGAGGAAUUGGCUUCAGCUUAUCAUUAUGUUCUGCAGUAAACUGAUCGCAGUGGGACGUGCAACCGAAACACGACGAAUGUCUUACUGACGAGGUAGGUAGAGUAAGAGAGAGAGAGAGAGGCGACAAAUGUGAGACGCUUGAUCUUUCUGUUCU